CCCGAAUACAGUUAUUGACGCCAACGUGGCUCUCAAUCAACUCCAGCUUUCCAACGCCAAAAUUCAGAAACGAUACUUUGAGGUUAUGCGCAAAGAGACCCAAGGGCUGUUCAUGAGCCUUGAUACAAUUUUCUACAGUUUAGUAGCCCGAAUCGACCGCACGCAACGCCAUACCUCUCUCGAGUCUGUUCCUUAUUUAAAGGCUUUGACUCACUUGUAGGCAUCAUGCCUACAUCGACGGCGGAUGGGCCAAGUGUGGCUUUGUCAUUCGCGAAUAACUUCUGGGGAAAGGAAGAUGCUGGCGUAGGCCCUCUGCUGGACCGUAUGCUCGCUGCGAAGCAAACAUGCGAUGAAUUGAAAUCUUUCUACAGCGCUCGUGCGUCUAUCGAAGACGAAUACUCCCGAAAACUACUCUCUUUGUGUCGAAAAUCAUUAGGAUCCCAUGAGUCAGGAAGUCUGAAGGUUUCCCUCGACACCGUUCGAGGCGAGGUCGAAUCGAUGGCGAAGCAACAUCAGAACAUCGCAGCGCAAAUGAAGACAGAAUUGGAAGAGCCUCUUGCCGCUUUCGCGGGUGGUAUGAAGGAGAGACGGAAGAUUGUGCAAAACGGGAUUGAGAAGAUCCUCAAGACGAAGAUACAACAAACACAGCACGUCAAUAAGACGCGGGACCGAUUCGAGCAGGAGUGUCUCAAGAUCAAGGGCUACCUCGCCCAGGGCCACAUGGUUAUGGGCCAAGAGGAGCGAAAGAACAAGGCGAAGCUAGAGAAGACGCAGAUCAGCGUUGCAACGUCUAAUACCGAGUACGAGAAUGCUGUGAAGGCACUUGAGGACACGACAGUGAGGUGGAAUCGAGAGUGGAAGGCGGCUGCGGACAAGUUCCAAGAUUUGGAGGAAGAGCGUCUCGACUUCACAAAGAGUAGCUUGUGGACGUUCGCCAACAUAUCUUCCACUGUCUGCGUCAGCGAUGAUGCUUCUUGCGAGAAGAUCCGUUUGUCACUGGAAACGAUGGAUGUUGAAACGGACAUCAUCAGCUUCAUCAAAGAACAAGGAACGGGCCAAGAGAUCCCAGAUCCGCCAAAGUACAUCAAUUUCUGUCGAGGAGAUGUCAACGACACGCAAUCGGAAACGUCGGACGAUGACAGCUACUCCGUUGCCCAAUUUCCAAGGAGUAUAAACCCGGCAUUCAGAUCAUCUUCACCGCAACCCUCGACAUACGAAUCGCACCACGAUCCCAAUUCAAGUCUUGCUCAGGACCUAGGACACAAAGAUCCACCUUCAGCUACUCCCAGAACCGUUGUCGCUCCUGAUUCAAGGCGCCAAGAUGCAAGCCCUUCUACGACUAGGCAACUCGCUCAUGAUACAGCACCAAAGGAUGUAAGCUCCUCUUCUAGAGGAUUUGGAUUAGAUUCGGGCCAUAAGGAUGCGAGCCCAACCGCAAGGAGCUAUCUGCAAGACACGGGUCGUCGAGAAAUCUUACCCCCUAAUACUCGCGAAGCACCAGUUACUGCACAGAGACCUUUAGACAAAUUACGGCAGGCAGCCCCGGCUGCUCAACCUCCGGCUCAACAGCAGCAACAACCAAGCCGACCUUCUCUUGAUAUGAGUCAGCGUGGAUCAUUUGCACCAGUCCCUCAUGAUCCGUACCCUCUCGACGGCAUGACAAUGCUUUGCCGUACCGGCCCACCCUCGGAGCGUAGCUCCCACCCGCCCUCAGCCAGGCCUUCGAGCCGCGAUUCCCUCAGCGAUUACUCGAACCCAACCUCGCUUUCAAGCCAAGAGCCAGCAAGCGGUAAAGUAUCGCCUGUUAAGCAGGAACCGGUGAGUGGGAUUCCGGUCUCGGAUAAACAAGUUCUCAAGAAACGGAGUGGCUUCUUCCAAAAUCACAGUCCAUUCCGUCGCAAGAGCACAAAGGAAUCACCAGGCUCGCCGGCGAAUAGAAACACCUGGCACCCAGUGACAUCUCAAGGAAGUCCGGCUCGAAGGCCCCAACUGCAGACUCAGGAGACAUCGAACCUGCUAGGAGACAGAUCAACCAUGAGCCCAGAGCCAAUUGAUGCAAAUGCUAGUCUCGCAUUGAACGUUGGGCAGAAUGUUUUCUCCGUCACAACUCCAGACUUGGAGAAGAGGAAGGGAUCCAAUGUUCCGGCCGCUCAGCCUGAGACGGAUCCGAUUGCUCUAGCCCUGGCCGAGCUCAAGGGCGUCGGCGUAGGAAAGCAGUCCAGCGUGCGCGUUUCCGCAGACCGCUAUCACGGCAUUGCUACUCCGACGCCUGGCUCUCAGCCGUUCUCCAGGUCGGUCCCGGCGGUGGGGAGCAGCAAUGCAACGGCCGGAGGACUUCGAGGCACGCCGCCUCCCUAUGAUCAGCAAGUCGUGCAGAGACUCGGAGUACCACCCCAGGCGGUGACAGCAAAGGCCAUGAAAGAGACAUCGGCCAAAUUUACCGACCAGACCCGUAGCAUGUUUAACCCGGCCAACCGCCCUGGGUCAAGCUACGGUGGAACGGCCAGCUCACGGCCAAUGACACGAGGUAGCGACGUUCCUCGGGCAGCGUCACCUGCCCCCCUUCGAAGCGCUUCCCCGAGAACUGCACCGACGGAGGACAUGCGAAGCGGCUACAGAAGCACCCCGCGCACUGCUUCGCCGAGAGCCGGGCCAGCCGAGGAUACUAGGGGUGGUUACCGAUCAGCGUCUCCUAAUCCGCAAGGUUCUCUGGGGCGAGGCUCAUCACGAAUGAGCAACAUACCCAGAAGGGGGUCAGAACAGCCCUACUACCAGAAGUCACCCAGCUCAAUGUCGAGAGCGGCGUCUCCAGCUCCUUACUUGGAGAAGAUGAGACCGGGCAGCAGCCAUGUCGCCAAUGAAUUAGCUGUUCAACUCGCGCCUGUCGGUGAUGAGGGCUAUGGAUCAGUCCGUGGCCGUGGUGGGAGUCGACCUGGAACGAGCUCCAGCAAUCGGGCCAUGGGACUCUACGAAGGCGGCGGGCCACCAGGUCAAGGCGAGUCGAGACAGCGUAGCAAGAGCGUGGCAGAUCCAUCUCGGCAAUAUACUCGUGAUGGCCGGCCCAUUUUGCAUUUUGCAAGGGCUUUGUACGUUUACCAGGCAGCCAUCCCAGAAGAACUGGGAUUCUCUAAGGGGGACCUUCUUGCCGUCCUGCGUCACCAAGAUGACGGGUGGUGGGAAGCUGAAAUUCAUGGGAGUAAUGGGCGCAUGGGGCUGGUCCCAAGCAAUUACCUUCAACCGUGUUAGAGAAGUUCGGUUGCUCAGGGAGCAGAGUGGUGCACGACUGGCUGAGUUGAUGAAGAUUCAUGACAUGAGCGAGAUUCUUGGGGGUUUUCCAGCUUUGUUACGUAGUUUUGGGAUAUGCCUUGUCGCGGUUUGGAGUUUCGGUUUCCGAUGAUGCUGUAUACUUGCGCUUGGCUGAGAAUGUUAGUCCUCCCCACGGACAAACUAAGCACUUAAUGAAUGAGAGUGAUCACUACAUUUGUACUUUCGCUAUAGGUAGUGGACUUUCUUGAUCCGCGCAGAUUCCAUUUGGUGAAGAUUGAUGCAAGGGAGCGGAGGUGCGGUGUCCUUGGGAGUUGGAACAACAUGUACGGAUACAUGCGUCAAUGAAAGAUUGAU